CCGACGUAGAGAUGCGCAGGCUCGGUGGCCGUUUCGUUGCUAGGCGACAGAAGGACGCACUUGAAGAAAGAUGAAACUGAAGAGGUUCCUCCUGCGGUAUUAUCCGCCAGGAAUUAUUUUGGAAUAUGAAAAAGGAGGGGAGACAAAGAGCAAAUCUAUUGAUCUGCUUGAUUUAACUCCAGUUGCAGACAUAGAUGCUGUAGUUGACGAAAUCCAAAGGGUUGAACCACUCAUAACUGCAUCUCGUACAGAGCAAGUGAAGCAGCUGGUGCAAAGGCUCCAGGAAAAGCUUGGUCAACAGGAUGAUCACAAAUUCUAUCUUUUUAAGGUACUUCGGGCACAUAUACUGCCACUGACAAAUGUUGCAUUCAACAAGUCUGGCUCAAGGUUUAUCACGGGAAGCUAUGAUAGGACCUGUAAAGUAUGGGAUACCCUAUCAGGAGAAGAGCUGCACACACUUGAGGGACAUAGAAAUGUGGUCUAUGCCAUUGCAUUCAACAAUCCUUUUGGAGACAAGAUUGCAACUGGCUCAUUUGAUAAAACCUGUAAAUUAUGGAGCUCUGAAACAGGCAAAUGUUAUCAUACAUUUCGUGGGCAUACUGCAGAGAUUGUAUGUUUAUCAUUUAAUCCUCAAAGUUCCCUAGUGGCAACUGGCAGUAUGGAUACUACAGCAAAGCUCUGGGACAUACAGUCUGGAGAAGAAUCUGUUACUCUGACAGGUCAUUCAGCUGAAAUCAUUUCUUUGUCAUUUAAUACAACAGGAGAUAAGAUUAUCACAGGUUCCUUUGACCAUACAGUUUCUGUAUGGGAUGUUGGAUCUGGCAGGAGAAUGCAUACCCUGAUUGGGCAUCGAGGAGAGAUCAGCAGUGCACAGUUUAACUGGGACUGCUCACUUAUUGCUACUGGAUCAAUGGACAAAACUUGCACGAUGUGGGAUGCAGUUAGUGGGAAGUGCGUGGCAACUCUGUCUGGGCAUGAAGAUGAAGUACUUGAUGUUUGCUUUGAUUACUCAGGACAGCUUAUAGCAACUGCAUCAGCUGAUGGUACUGCCAGAGUUUACAGUGCAGCCAGCCGCAAAUGUAUGGUGAAAUUAGAGGGUCAUGAAGGAGAAAUCUCCAAGAUUUGUUUCAACCCUCAGGGCAGUCGUAUUCUUACAGGCAGUUCUGAUAAGACAGCCAGGCUUUGGGAUCCUCGCACAGGCCAAUGCCUUCAGGUGCUAGAAGGUCAUAGUGAUGAAAUUUUCUCAUGUGCUUUUAACUAUGAGGGAAAUGCCAUCAUCACAGGAAGCAAGGAUAACACCUGUAGGAUAUGGCGCUGAAUGAACAUGGAGUUAUUAAAGCUAACACUGAAUUCAUACUGAACAACCUCUAGAGUAAGUGCUAUAAUGUUGUUCCAGAAGUGAGAAUCUACAGUAUUUCAGACAUUCAUCAUCUUAAAGAUGUGAAGAAUUCUAAGCAGCAUAUUCAAUUCAUUUUUUGUGUUACACCAAAUUUGAUUGCCAACUGGUAACAAAUUAGAUAGCUCAACUCAUCAAUGAAAUGUCUUAAAGUGUGUGCUACAUACCGUAACAACACUAUUGUAAGAAUAGAGCAAUACCUACUCUUUCUAACAAAACUUUUGUUAAAACAAGAUUAAACCUUAACACGGUUAAUGAGAGAAGCCUACCAUGUUUUAAUUCUUCUGAAGUUUUGAAAUACUUGUUUGUUGCAUUGAAUACUUUUAUAAAGUAGCACAAUUACACUGAUGUCAUACCAUCUAAGCUUUUGUUU